CGCCCACACUGGACCCGGAGCUGCCAUGCCUGCAUGCUCCAAGUGUGACAAGGAGGUGUACUUCUCUGAGAGGGUGACCUCUCUGGCGAAGGACUGGCAUCAGCCCUGCCUGAAGUGUGAGAAACGUGGGAAGGCGCUGACCUCCGGGGACCACGCUGAGCACGACAGCAAACCCUGCUACAACCAUCGCUGCUACACGGCCAUAUUUGGGCCUAAAGGCUGUGGGCAGGGUGAAGCUGAGAGCCACACUUUCAAGUAAACCGGGUGGCGGAGACCCCAUCCUUGGCUGCUCACUGGGCCACUCACUAGCCAGCAAAUGCCAGGCCUCAUCCCCAGAUGACCAGGGCUCCCUUGUAGCCCUUAAGACCCUCAAUAAACCCAAACACUUGGGGGGAAAAAAAAGGCUCAAUAUUUUACAAUAAAAAUGAAA